AUCCAACAACCGAGCUAAAUUGUCUCCCGCACGCUCUUACAUAUAGCACACUUUGCGAGACAGCUUCGAACCUCUACCCACAUCAAUGGACUCAUUUAUCACCAUCGUCUCUGCUCCAGUAGCAUCGAGCGUCUCUGAAGAGACACAAUCUCAAAUACCAGUUGACCAGGAGUAUGUCUCAAAUGGAGGCAACUGUUACUGUGUCAUUGCAUGAUGAGCCAUCAUCACCUGUCUGUCUGUAGACUAUCUUCCCUAUUCUCAUAUCAUUUCGACUCAACCGACGUCUCUCGUUUAAAUUCUGACAUCAUCGUAUCCAUUGUAUCAACACCAUCACACUCCUUCGAUGGCUAUUGUCCUAGCCUUUCUCAUUUCGUUCAUUUGAUUUCAUUCGGUUCUUUUAUUUAAGGACUUGUGGACAUGUAUCCAACAUCAUCAGAGACUUUCGUGUUCUAGCGGUUGGGGGAGUACGAAGCAGACGAGGGGGAUAUCCGCCAACAUCGCUUUUAUUAUAAUAUUUAUUCGACAUCACUUACACGCUUGCGACACCCUUUCUUACACCAAGCUGAUUACCUACAUGUACCGUAGAUAUCAAGCAAUAUAGUCUCUUACACAA